AUGGGCUCUUUUAAAAAUUAAGAGCAAUAGGUCGCUCGCCAGUUUUCUUGGUUGUGGAAGUUUGAGAGCCUUAAAAUGAGCUAUUGUUUUCUGGCUCAUUUAAGGGGUGGAUUAGCCAAAAUGAACACCUGUUAAGUCGACUGUAUGUAGAAGAGAGCAUUUCUACCAAUUGGAAAUCAAAAUAUGGAUCAGGAUCCCCCAUAAAAAUAUCUGACACAAACAUAGCAGUCUAUUGCAUCUGCAGACAUGGAUUUCAACCAGCUGGAGGCAUUCUUGACUGCUCAAACCAAAAAGCAAGGUGGGAUCACAUCUGACCAGGCUGCUGUCAUUUCCAAAUUCUGGAAGAGCCACAAGAUAAAAAUUCGAGAGAGCCUCAUGAACCAGAGUCGCUGGGACAAUGGACUUCGGGGCCUGAGCUGGAGAGUUGAUGGCAAGUCCCAGUCAAGGCACUCAUCUCAAAUACACACCCCUGUUGCCAUAGUAGAGCUAGAAUUUGGGAAAAGUGGACAGGAAUCUGAAUUUCUCUGUUUGGAAUUUGAUGAGGUCAAGGUCAACCAAAUCUUGAAGAAACUCUCAGAGGUAGAAGAAACUAUCAGCACACUGAUGCAACCAGCCUAACUGAAGAUGAUGUAGGAAAGACUUCAAAUUGUUGAAACAAUGUUCACAAUCCUUCCCUACUGACCUUUUUAAAAUUUUGUUUCCCCAUUGGUAUUAAAUUCUCAAAA